CGAAAUGGUUACUCAGUAUCGCACCCUGUAUAUGGAGAAUAGAGCGGAUACAUUGGAAGCAUUGGAUGGUCUGCCGCAGCUAAAGCACAUUCACAAUCUGAAAGCGAAAAUACUUUUCUCAAUAAUUGUGUUAUCAUUUCGCCUGUGUCAUGGCAUGCGCGAAAGGAAAGUGGUGGAGGUUCGUCGAACUCUAAAUUGUUCCGUGGAUGCAUCAAACGAGAUCACACUCACCUUAGAUCGAUCAGUGCGAGCCUAUUUGCACGAAACUGUGGAAUCUUUUCCUCUGGGCGAAAUUGAACGCUCGGUUUUCAAUCAAGUACUUUCCACACUACAUGAAUAUCCAUGCCUGGAAUCGUGCAUAGCCCUCACACACUUUGUCAGCGCUUGCGUUCGUCUAGCUUGGCGCAUGAUUAAUCAGAAGUCACCAUAUUAUCUUGACGGCGAUUUCACUCUUGGCUUUCUGCGUCCAGAGAAACACGAACGCCACCCACAGUCUGAUCGCCGCUCUGAUCUUAUCAAAUCCUUCUUUUGGCCAGCUCUUAUGCAGAACAAUCGUUGCGUAUUCAAAGCGGUCGUAGCCACUUAGCCUAGCUCUUUCGGAAUAGUAGCAUG